AUGAAUAGGAAGCAGAGUCACCAGGAAAUAGCAUGCGAGAUAUUCAUGAAUACCAAUAGAUCGUAUUAUUUCAUUUUCGCAAACCAAGAUGAAAAAUCUCAAAUUUUGAAAUUAAUUCAAAAUGACUUCACUUUUACGAAAAGUGACAAUCUUGAUCCAUCAAAAUUCCAUUUCUUCUAUGAACUGAGGAAGAUAAAUAACUCUAUUGUCCAAGUUUUGCCAGCAUCAGAAAUUUGUGAAAAACUGAAAUUGUCAGAAUUAUGGCAAAAAUACAAAUUCUCGAAUUUCGAGUAUCUUUUUUAUCUCAAUUUAUUAAGUGGCCGCUCAUUUAAUGACUUGUCGCAGUACCCUGUCUAUCCAUGGGUCAUAAAAGACUACGAAUCCGAGAAAAUUUCUCUUGCAAACGAGAAAUUUUUCAGAGAUUUGUCAAAACCAAUAGGAGCUUUGAAUUCUAAACGAAUUAAAGAUUUGACAGAGCUUUAUAAAGACUUCCCGAUCGAAGAAGAGAAAUGUCUGUACAGAUCUUUCUAUUCGACAAUGGCUUCUGUCUCUUCUUUCAUGAUAAGAACCGAACCUUUCACUUCAUCUCACAUUCAAUUACAAGAAGGACGGUUUGACGUGGCCGGACGAUUAUUCCAUUCAAUUUUAAUGGAGUGGAAAGCAGUAACAUCCGAGGAGAAUGAUUUCAGAGAGUUGAUCCCUGAGUUCUUUUGCUUCCCUGACUUUUUGACUAAUGAUAAUAAAUUCGAUUUGGGUCAAAGAAUGAAAAGUGACGGUUCCUUUGAAAAAGUGGAUGAUGUCAUAUUACCAAAAUGGUGUAAAACAACUAGACAGUUUAUAUUUACUAAUAGAGAAGCCCUCGAAUCAGAUUAUGUCUCCCAAAACUUGAAUAAUUGGAUUGAUUUAAUUUUCGGAGUUUACAGAAAUUCCUUUGAGAAACAAAAUGUUUUUCAUCCGCUUUGUUACCCAGAAAAUAAUUCACAAGUCAAUGAUAGACUUAGAAAUCAUUGUUUGAACUUCGGUGUUUGUCCAGACCAACUUUUCUUCGAAAAUCAUCCAAAAAGAAAUCAAAAAAUUGAAAAUUUGACAGACGUCACUUUUACAAACAGUUUUGACACUCCGAUUACAUGUAUUAUGAAGAAUUUCAUUUUCUUGCAAGGCAAUCUUUAUAUUGAUGCCAGAAACAUAUUCACAAAAAGCGAGAAAAACAUGAGUUUGCCUAAGCGAAUUCCAGGAAAUUAUGGAGAUGUAAUUUGUUGUUCGAAAUAUUUCGGAAUUGUUGUUUUCAAACGUCCUUUCGAUGAUUUCGUGACAGCUGUUGAACUCGAGAAAGAAGCUGUUCGAAGGAUAUCUCAUGAAGGAAAUGGUGUUACGUGCUGCAUCAUUUGCGGAGGAAAGUACAUGAUAACGGGAGGAAAUGAUUGUUCUUUAGUUAUUUGGAAUCUUCCUAAUUUCAGUUCUUUGAGAACAUCGAUGAUCCAUGGAUCUCCAAUUGUUGCCGUUGGUGGAAACAGUGAUUUAGGUAUUGUUGCUUCUUUGGAUAAACAAGGAUUAUUUAUUUUGGAAACACUUGUUAAUGGAAGAUUCUUGUGUUCAACAAAUGUUUUAAUUGGUCAAUCGAAACCUUCUAUUUUGAUAUUCAAGAGUGGUUUGAUUCUUUUGGCAGUUUGUAAUUACCAUUCAACAGUUCUUAACUUGUUUGACACUAAACUCCAGGAAAUAUGUAACUUAGAAUUGAGUGGAUGCGCAAGUGAUGUAACAAAAAUCACAGAUGACAGAGGAUGUGAAUUUAUCGCAAUGGUUAUUGAGAAAGCAAUUAUUGUUAUUGAAGCAUAUUCGUUGAAAUUGUUGUUAACAAUUCCAACAGAGUUCCAAUCACCACACGUUGGAAGUGUCCGUAAACAACGCUUACUUUUAGUUGGUGAUGGAAGAGAUUUUAGAACUGUUAUGUUCUAA